AUGGACACUGUGACAGGGGCCUUUCCAUGGUCGUUAACGACCGCGGCUACGCGACCCGCGGCGAGCAUAACAACGUCGACGGCAGCUACGGCUACAGCUACACAGUCCCCCGGCGACCCCGGCGAGGUUUUGCAGCAAUGGUCAUCUCUCAUUGGCAUCGUCACAGCCAUCGUCGGUAAUGUCCUCAUAGCGUUGGCUCUGAAUGUCCAGCGAUAUGCGCAUACGCGACUACAUAAGGAACGAGUGCGUGUACGGCAGCGGGCGCGUGCUGCCUUGAAGCAGCCGCAGAGUAGCAGCAAUGGUGCAUCGUCGUAUGGCACCAUGCCCGGAGAGCCUAACGGGCAUAGGAACGGCAACGGACGCAGUCAUGAUGGCUCUGUCAACAGUGCCAGUCGAGUCCAUGAUGGGCCAGAAUCAGUCGAAACUGAUCCUCUAUCUCAGUCUUCCCAGUCAAUCGCCCCGACCGACGUUGACAGCGCUGAUGGAGAACAUGACAAAACUACAUCAACAUACCUCAAGUCCCCAUAUUGGUGGCUGGGACAGAUCCUCAUAACUCUGGGCGAAAUGGGUAAUUUUUUGGCUUAUGGAUUUGCUCCUGCUUCGAUUGUGUCACCCUUAGGCGUCGUGGCAUUGAUAUCCAACUGUAUCAUCGCGCCUGCAAUGUUCCACGAGCGAUUUCGCGCCAGGGAUUUUUGGGGCGUCGUAAUUGCUGUUGGGGGAGUUGUUACCGUUGUCUUCAGCGCAAAUCAGGAGGAGACCAAGCUGGAACCUCACGAUGUUUGGCGCGCAAUCACUACCAUGGAAUUCGAAAUCUAUCUCGGUGUCACAGUCUCGUUGAUUGUCUUGUUGAUGUGGGCAAGCAGCAAAUAUGGUAGGCGCACUAGUCUGAUAGAUCUCGGGCUUGUGGGACUUUUUGGUGGUUAUACUGCGUUAGCAACCAAAGGCGUUUCGUCUAUGUUGUCAUCGACUCUUUGGAGAGCCUUCACGACCCCAGUGACAUAUGCUCUGCUUCUCAUUCUUCUCGUCACAGCAAUCAUGCAGAUUCGAUAUGUUAAUAAAGCAUUACAGCGCUUUAACUCCACACAAGUCAUCCCCAUUCAGUUCGUUCUUUUCACACUUUGCGUCAUUCUGGGAAGUGCUGUUCUUUACCGAGACUUUGAAAAGACGACGGAAAAACAAGCCGUAACCUUCGUAGGCGGCUGCCUCCUCACCUUUUUUGGAGUUUUUCUUAUCACCAGUGGUCGGCAACAAAACGAGGCCGAUGAUGAGGACCUAUUGUCUGAUAUCGACGGGAUCGAGGAGACUAUUGGCCUAACAAGACACGGGGAAGCAACGGCGGGCCCUCCACUAGUCCAAGACGUUGAAUCACCGAAACCACCGUCUCAAAGAUCUAGCAAAUUGUCGAGAGUCAGUUUUGCGGAUACAGCUAAACCACAAUUUCCUCAAGACAAGUCCGACAAACCACGAAUCCGUCAAGGCACAUCCGACAGCGCGCCAAACUUAAUCGAUAUUGAACCAGAUCCUCCUGUUUUAUCCGAUAACCCUUGGCGAGAGUCUUGGUCGUCCGCUGCGUCCCUUCCUCGUGGCACACGAACCUUCUCUACCGACUCGGCGGUGGCAGAAUCUGCUGUGAUUUCAACACCAAGCAAUUCAGCUGCCACGACUCCCAUCCGAGACUCAGCUUUCAUCCAUACAUACCCUACAGACAGACCCUUCACUCCUCGUCAGAGUUCGGGAGGACUCUCCCGGGUUCCGAGCCAUCAUCGCUCCAAGACUUUCAUAUCGCCAUCGCCGCUUUCUUCUACAGUCACGACUGUUGUAAAGGACGCAUUCCUACGAGGAUAUGACGCAUCUUUGGCAAACACAUCAUCACUGAGAAGAAUUCGGUCUAGCAUCCGUGCGGGUCUGUUCUUCAACUUUGACGAAGAUGAGCAGAAUAUAACAACAUCGGAUCUUCCUUUGCCAAGUCCCCUAGAGCCUUCUGAAGAUGAGCAUAGCGAGACAGAUGACCCAUCGCGAAGGCGGUCGCGAAGCGUCAGUGACGUAAUAGGAGAUUUCUUCCGUCCUAAGAAAAAGAGCAAGAAUGAUACCCCAAGCGGUGACGUGGAGUCUGGACCGUCUCAUAAUUCUGAGUAG